UUCUCUCUGACUCUCUUUCAAUUUUCUGUCCUUGCUUCUUCUUUUUGUUUUCUCGGGGGACCACUCCUCAGCUACCGUUGAUAGUUCCUCCGUAACUUUCAGUUGUUCCAGGACCACGUGCGGGCUCGGUCACAUCGAUAGAUCGAUAUUUAUCUAAAAAAUACACAUAAAUUCGUAAUUUGGAAAACUUUAGAAAUACGACAAACUCCGUCCUGCCAAGUAAAAUCAAAGUUUUCAUAAACCGAUGGUGACUAUUAUGUUCAUUUUAUACCUGCACAAUGUUUCAAUGAAACUUGGAAAAUAAAUUGUGAUAAUAGAUUUUGUCGAAGUAAUGCCCAAGAAUUGAAAUCGCUAAUUCUGCAAACGAACUAAAGUUCCAGAGUGAGCAAUGAAGAAAUUGGAUUAAUUGUUCGAUGAUUAUAGAAAUUGUUACUUUUAAAUACGAUAAAAAAAUAUUGUUGGAAAAAUAUUUUUUGGGAAAAAGAAAAGAAUCAUAAUGAAAUGUGGGAUGAAUCACAUAGGAUUCCCUUCCGGCAUCUGUCUUCCUGGGACAUUUCGAUUCAGGUAUCCAUUCCGACUGACCCCAGAGUCGUGAUCCCGGAGCGACGACAUUCGCCUCUGCCUGCCUGAGAUUAUCUGUCUGUCUCCAUUGCACGCUCCACCUCUAUCUCCACCUCCAACAGUUUUUAACCAGCAAACAGAGCCUCCGAAUUUUACUGAAGAGAAGUUCUCGGUAAAAUCUCCAGUCGUGCAAUUCUAUUUUACAAUUAUUCAGUGAUCUUCAUCACUUCAUAGUUUUUCCUGUGUUUGUGAUUAAACACAAAAUCAUGGAUAAUUCGCUUUACCCCUUCCACCAAUUAAGAGCAAGCGCUAAAAUGUUGUGACAUUAAAAUUGUUGCUAAACAGUGAGAAACUAGUUCAAACAUCGACCCACGGACUUUACAUGUGAAUCUGAAGGCGAUUGUUAACCAAUUGCUCUAUCAUCUACGAAUAAAUAAGAUGGACGAUAUAGUAGGUGUAUACUGUAUGGGUAGGAUGCAAGUGCCAGUACGGGCAGCAAAGUAAUGAUGGUGGGUUCAACUCUCACGAUGGGGGGUCGAAAUUUUGUAAUGCUCUAAUUUUCACAGUUUCAUUGUUCGUGUGGGAAUUUGCAAGAGACGACCGUAGCUGAACAGGUUUUUUCCUUAAUCGAGGUUUUCUUUCGGCCUUCAACGACUGUGGUGCAAGGGUUGAUGGUGGGGAGAAAUUCAUUAUAUGCAAUUGGAAAGAAAGUAAUUGAAUAUUCAUUGAUUUUCAUUUAGCUGCUUAAAAUGCUUUGACAGGUUAAUAACCUUUCUAUAAAUGUUUGAUCCAAUUAUUGCUGAGCCAAUAAUAAUUCCAAAUAUGAGCCCAACUGUUAGUCUGCCUUCUCAGUACACCUAGCAUCUCUACAUAGGGUGGAAGUAAUCUCACACCAACUUGCAGACACUCGCUUUUUUCUCUCUCGUUCUUGAAAUUCUUUGCGGUCUCGUGCGCUUGUAUUUAUAGAUAGAGACUGCGGGUGCAAAGACACCAAGGAAAAAACACAAAUAAAAGGGCAUUCGAAGUCAAACCCGAGGAUUGGUAAGAUAACAAGCUGAAGACGGUUACAAGACUAUCAUAUCGGGAGUACUCACAGCAAAAACAGCUAAAAAAAGCCAGAAGCAGGUGAUCUCGCAGAUCUGGCAGAACAUGAGUCGGUGUGUCGAUGUGCUUUGUCAAGGGACAAGUGUCAAGGAGCGCCAGCCUGGUGAAUCAACAUGAUCUACUUGAGGAGCAACGCUAGCUUGUUGGUUCUUGGAUUUAUCUUCAUUUUAUUUUGUACCAGUAAGAUUCAUGGGGAUAAUCGAAGUGUUGGGAGUUUAGAGAGAGACCAACGGAAACAAUCUAGUCAUUGGGCUACCGGGCAUUCACCUAUGCACAAGUCUUCAUAUUUUACUCAGUGGAGUGAAUGGUCAGUUUGCGAUCGACAUUGCUCACAAAACAGAGUUAAAAUCUGCAAAAUCAAGAAAAAAUGUGGAACAACAAUUAUACGAGAAGAGAAGAGAUGUUAUUACAAGAGAAAAAAUAGGCGAGGAUGCUGCAAGCAGCGAAAGUACAGAGGGUCUCAUCUCACUGAGUUAUUUCACGUGGUGCAAGUGCCAAAUGAAGCAGAGCCCAGGCAAGGGGCUAGACGUGGAGAGAAGGAGUCAAAGAAUCGUCCUCCAAGUCACUACGGCAAGUGGAGCAAGUGGUCACCGUGUACACGCUCCUGUACGACUCAACGACACAGGUGGUGCAGAAAGCCCGGCAUUUGUGGUAGAGAUGUCAUCAGAGAAAGUGCCUAUUGUUAUGUUGAGGGAAGCUUCUGCCAGAAGUGGAUUCAUAGGAGGAUAAGGGGGAGCCAUGACGAUGAUAAUGAUGAUACCGCAUUGGAUGAGUUUGAAUUAAAUCCAAAUGCAGUGGAAAGCCUAGCAGCACCGAAGAAUGAUGAUGUUUGGAAGUGUGGAGUCGUUGAAAAUGGCAAGAUAUCCACACUCUCAUAUUUCACUAGGAUCAUUGGAGGACAUCCCACGGUACCAGGAAGCUGGCCUUGGCAAGUUGCUGUUCUUAAUAGAUUUCGAGAAGCCUUUUGUGGUGGUACUUUAGUAUCUCCCCGGUGGGUCCUAACCGCAGCGCAUUGUAUCAGGAAACGCUUGUACGUUCGUUUUGGAGAGCACGAUCUUACAGUUAAAGAAGGAACAGAACUUGAAUUCCGCGUGAAUUCCGUUGUAAUUCAUCCAGAAUACGAUGCGGACACUGUUGACAACGACGUGGCACUCCUCAGACUUCCGGUGACACUGAGUCCAUCAGUAUCACGAGGGAUCGCUUGUCUACCAGCCCCGCGGCAACCACUACCCACAAAUAAACUUUGUACUAUUAUCGGAUGGGGCAAAUCUAGGGCCACUGAUGAUUUUGGAACUGAUGUUUUACAUGAAGCCAAAAUACCAAUCGUAUCAACGGCAAUGUGCAAAGGCGUCUACGUAGAUUAUCGGAUAACGGACAAUAUGUUCUGCGCCGGUUACCAAAAAGGACGGAUGGACUCUUGUGCAGGAGAUAGCGGUGGCCCACUCCUUUGUAAAGAUCCCAAACGUCCCGAACAUCCCUGGACUAUUUUCGGCAUAACAAGUUUUGGAGAAGGCUGUGGAAAACGUGGAAAAUAUGGCAUUUACGCUAGGUUAUCCAAUUAUGUAAAAUGGAUAGCAAAAAUCAUGAAAGAGGAUGACGGAGUUCGAUCGUUUUCAUAGAGAGAUCCUGUAAAAAGGAAUUCAUCACGUGAAUUCGUCAAUGACACCGGACUGUGACUAAUUGAAUAGUAUUUACAUAAAAUUUAGUAGAAGAACUACGAUAUUUUUACUAUAUUUUGAGUUUCAGUAUUGUGAUAUUGUUCUACACUUGACUUUUGGCUACCAAGAUGUGUCAUAUUGUACUGAAUUCUCUAACUGUCUGACCAAGAGAGCUUUCAUUAAUCAGCAAGCGUAUAACUAAUGACUAAUUUAUCUAUGUUCGAAAUAUUGUAAAUUCCUUUCUACAAAGUGAAAAAAGAGAUUAAUUUUUAGAUAAUUCUGAAAAUAAUUAUCAAAUGGAAAUUAAUAUUUUGAACGUUUCAAUAGGGACAUUCCACGUCAAAUUAGAUACCAUUUAGAUUUUGCAUUUCGGAUUUCUUUGGAAUUUUCUUAUGUUGUAGCAUCGGUUGAACGAUGUCUUCAUGAUUUAUUCUUCAAUUUUUUGCUGGAACAGUUUUCGAGAUAUCGAUUUUGGAAAAAUUUCGAGAUUGUUUACUUCCGAAUGGUAGCUUUUGCAAUCGUUCAGUUAUGACAUUUUCUAAUUUUCAUUGGAAAUGAUGUAGAAUGGUCUGAAACGUAAAAAUGCCAAGUUUGACGAUAAUGUAUGUGCCCCCUCCUCUUCCGACACUUUCGGAAAUUGAAUUUUAGAAAAUAGAACAAGAGGACAGAAAAAUUUUUUCAAUUCGAAAUUUUGUCACAUCCGAGGUCCUAACUAGAACUAGCCCUAGCUACAGAAUCCGCUUGAUCGGUUCAAUAGUCUCCGAGAAAAAGCCAUUUUGUUUGCGAACGUUUGUUUGCAAAUAUGCAAAACUAGAGGGCGGAUUGAACUUUUAUUUUUUUUUCUAAAUGUUUGUCCCGAUGGCUUUCAUUUAGAGCAAUCGAAAUGAAUAUAGCCGUCGGGACAAAGUUUCAGGGAUAUUUCCACUUUUCUGUUUUUUCCAAAAUAUUGUUAUACGCUUUUUAGCCCUCGCAAAAAUGGAGAUAUCAAUUUCAAAUUCAGACAAGAUGCCCGUUUUACUGGAACCUUUAAACUUUUUCUGUUUCCUUUACCUGGAAACUUUACCCACUUUUACUGGAAAUAUUUGCUUUCAAAUGUCAUUGAAAUUAGAGAAAAUAAGCUAACUAGUAAACAAAGUAACGGCCAAAUAUUUCCCGUCGACUAGGUUCCGUCAUCUGCUUAUUUUUUAUAGCCAUAAAUUCGUGAGAAAUGGGCCGAAUCGGACAUUUAAAAAAAAAAUGUAUUUGAAAAUGAUUUGAACUGUAUCUACAAGAUUUUAACUUUGAAUUGAAAUUGUCAAUUAAAAAAAUAACAUACUGAUCAGUUUUCGUAAAAUUUUUCACAAAAAACUGUUACCCAUGCGACAACUUUUGAGACCAAUUUUGUAGUGGGAUAACAAUGAGAUCAAUUUUUUUUCAAUUUUUUGAUUUGGCAAUUUCAGUUAGUCGUCUUAAGAUUCAAUAUCAAUCAUCCUUCGAUAGUUAUUAGCAGCUUCCAUUGCUAUGAGAGGAAUAAAAUAGGUGUAUGUUAAUCAUUAAAUGAACACUAAACGAAAGAUUCAUUUUGAAUUCACCGUGACAUCUGAUCACCAUACAAACACUAAUAUACAAAUGAAUGAUAUACGAAAAAUUUGUUUUCAAUUUAACACGACAUAUGAUGAGUGUAUAAAUACACAACAUAUAUAAGGGUGAAAACUGACAAUAAAUAUCAAAUGACAAUUUAUAUGGAUUUUUUAAGACGAAUAACUGAAAUAUCGCAAUUAAAAAAUAGAAAAAAAAUAGAUCCCAUUACUAUUCUACUAAGGACUUAGUCUUGAAAGUUAUUGUAUGGGUAUAGUUAUGGAUUAGUUUUUUCUGCAAAUUUUUUACUAAAACCGAUCGGUGCGUGUUCUUCAUGAAUCAAUAAAUUAAAUUUAAUAUUAGAAAAUGUUAUAGAUAUAUGAUUCUAAUAAUUUUUUUGAUUUUUUUUUUCAUUAAAAAGGGCCUUUAAAAACCAAAUGCUUUUAAAAAGAAAUCCCAUUUGAUCAAUUUUUCGCAAAGUUAUGGACAUGAAAAAAAAUUUCGAAAGUUUUCAAAACUCGAUCUCUCGAAAACUGUUCAAUAAAGAGAGUUAAAAAGAUCAUGGAGGUUCUCUCAACCGAUACUAGACAUAAGGAAAUCCCAAAAAAAAUCGAAGAUGCAAAGGCUAAAUGGUCUCCGAUUUGCCAUGGAAAGCCCCAUGCAGACUUACCAAAUAUUUAUUACACAAAUACGUGUAAUUUGCCUUAACAGCCUUUUGCGUGAUAACUCAUGGACCGAUAGGACAUAUCAUCGACAUGAGAAAAAAAAAGAAUUUCGCACUCCCAUCCAUUGUAUUGUUUUUCAUUAAUUCUAAUAUUUUUUAAUGUACAUAUAGUCUUAAACAUAAUGGUAAAAAAAUGAUUUAUUCACGUAUAAUAUAAUUUCGCCCGUAUAAGUGUUUUUCUUUGCGUCGAAUAAUUUUAAGUGUUCAUUACACAAUAUUUCCUCCUUAAUUAUAAGAAACCUAUUUAAUGUCAAUGGGAAAAGAAUUAGAUAUGCACGAUUAACUUAUGAGUUCAUAAAUUAAUGGAAAUUUUUUAUUUCACUGCAGAACAUCCUAUAUAAGUUGCAAAAUAGUUAAUUGCUAAAAAUGAAUUUGAUUUGUUAAUAAAAUAUCAGCACUGUGAUCAUUUUCGAUACUCAAUGUCACUGGAAUGACGAUGCAUGCCACAUUGCGCAGGAUUUCAUCUUAUUUUAUUGAUAAAGAAUAGAAUGUGAAAUGGAACAUUGGAAGA